CAGUAUGGAGGCGCUGGCUGCUGUCUGAAUGAGUUUGUGGUUCUUCGCCGACGGCUCCUGAGCGGCCGCUCCCUGGACGCGUCGGAGGAGCAGCGGGGCGGAGAAGCCGAGCGGUUCGCCUGCAGUUUUUGUCACUUUGUUGGAUCCAGCGCUCCUGAGAGGUCUCCUCCUGAAUGGGUGGAUCAUGACAAUCAUCACGUCCUCCAAAGAGGGACACUGACGCCUCCGCUUCUGUCCUCGGCUCUUCUGUCAAGUUGGAACCAGCCUGUGAAACGAUGAACUCUCGCAGUCGCCAAAUGGACGUGAGCACGGCGGCGCUCCCCUCGCAGGUUCCCUCUGCCACCUCAGCCAUCCUCCCCAUGGACCUGCGCGUCGUCGACCACCCUCACCACCACCACCAGCAGUCUCCCUUCGGCCUGGUCUCCCAGCCCCACCCCGCGCCAGCCCCCUCCGCAGCCUGCCCUGCGUCAUCGGAGCCGGGCAACGGGCCGGUUGUUGGCCGUCAGGACCAGCACCUGCAGCAAGAACUGGUGGCUCUGAAGCACAAGCAGGAGCUCCAGAGGCAACUACUGAUUGCUGAGUUUCACAGGCAACACGAGCAGCUGUCGCGGCAACAUGAAGCCCAACUGCAGGAACACAUUAAGCAUCAACAGGACCUGCUGGCCCUCAAGCAUCAACAAGAGCUGCUGGAGCAUCACAGGAAGAUGGAGCAGCAGCGUCACGAGCAGCAGCUGGAGAAGCAGCAGCGGGAACAGAAGCUCCAGCAGCUGAAAAACAAGGAGAGGGGACAAGAAAGUGCUGUGGCCAGCACAGAAGUAAAGAUGCGGCUUCAGGAGUUCGUCCUGAACAAGAAGAAAGCCCUGGCUCAGCGAAGUUUAAACCACUGUCUGCCCAGCGACCCACGCUACUGGUAUGGCCGAGUCAGGAAACUGAAGCUUCACUUAAGAAAAACUCAGCAUAGCUCUUUGGACCAGAGCUCCCCCCCUCAAACGACGCUGUCGGCGUACACUCAUCCGAUGCUGGGAGCGUUCGACUCAAAGGACGACUUUCCUCUGCGGAAAACAGCAUCUGAGCCCAACCUGAAGCGGCGUUCGUGGCUGAAGCAGAAAGUGACGGAGCGCCGCAGCAGCCCUCUGCUGCGCAGGAAAGAUGGGCCGAUCACUACAGCCAAGAAGAGAUCCCUCGACAUAGCUGACUCUGCAUGCAACAGUGCGCCAGGCUCCGGGCCCAGCUCCCCCAACAACAGCUCCAGUAACAUCCCCUGUGAGAACGGCGUCCCCAUCGCCAACAGCCCCGGAGAGGCCUCUCUGAUUCAGAGGCUGGCUUCCAGGGAGAGCUCAGUCAGCCAGCUGUCUCUCUACACCUCACCGUCUCUGCCCAACAUCACCUUAGGACUGCCCGCCCCGGGCCCUGCAAGCUCUGUGGUAUCGGGACACCAAGACGGCGAGAGUCAUCUGGCACUGCCAGCGCUGCAGCCGGGCAUUCCACUGACCCCGGCUUUUCUGCCCACCUCCCACCUGCCGUCCUACUUGGCCUCCGCAGCGUUGGACAGGGAGGGGCCUGGAGGGGGCGCAGCUGGUCACAACCCCCUCCUCCAGCACAUGGUGCUAAUGGAGCAGAGCCACAGCUCGAUGGUCGGACUGGGUGGCCUGCCCCUCCCAUCUCCCACCGUCUCCAAGCUGGUGCGGGGCCACCGUCCCCUGGGAAGGACCCAGUCGGCCCCCCUGCCCCAGCAGCCGUGCGGACAGGCGCAGGCCCUGCAGCAGCUGGUGGUGCAGCAGCAGCACCAGCAGUUCCUGGAGAAGCACAAGCAGCUGUUUCAGCAGCAGCACAUCAUCAAUAAGAUCAUGUCCAAACCCGUCGACCAGGUGUCGGCUGCCGGUUCUGGAGCCUCUGUGCCGGGAAGGCAGCAUCAGAGCCACCCAGAGGAGACGGAAGAGGAGCUCAGGGAGCACCAGGGACUCCCCUCGUUGUCGUCGGCGGCGGCGUCAUGCGGGCCAGAGACGGGGUUGAUACGAGGUCUGGCCAUUAAGCAGGAACCUCCAGACCUCCAAGAGCAAGAGGAGAGGGAACAACGGGAGAGACAGGCUGAGCAGGACUUCAUGUUCAAACAGCAGGCGAUGCUGUUGGAGCAGCAGCGGAUCCAGCAGCUGAGGAGCUACAGAGCCUCCAUGGAAGCGGCCGGCUUACCGGUCACCAUUACUGCACACCGCCCUCUGUCCAGGACCCAGUCGUCUCCAGCCUCCGCUUCCUUCCCCAUUGUGGUCCAGGAGCCCCCAGUGAAGCAUCGCUUUACCACAGGUCUGGUGUAUGACUCCUUGAUGCAGAAACAUCAGUGUAUCUGCGGCAACGCCACUAUUCAUCCAGAGCACGCCGGCCGUAUUCAGAGUAUCUGGUCCCGGCUGCAGGAAACGGGCCUCAGGGCCCAAUGUGAGUGUAUCCGUGGUAGGAAGGCCUCUCAGGAGGAGUUGCAGACGGUCCAUUCUGAGGCCCACGUCCAGCUGUACGGGACCAACCCGCUGAGACAGAAACUAGACUGCUCGGCGAACUCCAUGUUUGUGCGGUUACCGUGCGGAGGCAUCGGGGUGGACAGUGACACAAUCUGGAACGAGAUCCAUUCGUCUACGGCGGCUCGUCUGGCCGUCGGCUCCGUGGUGGAGCUGGUUUUCAAAGUAGCAACGGGGGAGCUGAAGAACGGUUUCGCUGUAGUUCGACCACCUGGACACCACGCGGAGGAGAGCACGCCCAUGGGCUUCUGUUAUUUCAAUGCUGUCGCCAUCGCAGCCAAGCUCCUGCAGCAGAGGCUAAACGUCAGCAAAAUCCUCAUAGUUGACUGGGAUGUGCACCAUGGUAACGGCACCCAGCAGGCCUUCUACGCGGACCCCAGCGUUCUCUAUCUGUCGCUGCACCGCUACGACGACGGCAACUUCUUCCCAGGCAGCGGAGCGCCUGACGAGGUGGGCAGCGGCGCUGGCGUGGGCUUCAACGUGAACAUGGCAUUUACCGGAGGGCUCGAACCUCCAAUGGGGGAUGCAGAGUACCUAGCUGCCUUCAGAACGGUGGUGAUGCCCAUCGCCAACGAGUUCGCCCCAGAUGUGGUCCUGGUGUCGUCCGGCUUCGACGCCGUGGACGGACACGCCCCGCCCCUGGGAGGAUACAAGCUGUCAGCCAAAUGCUUCAGCUACCUGACCAGGCAGCUGAUGGGCCUCGCCGGCGGUCGCUUGGUGCUCGCCCUGGAAGGAGGUCAUGACCUCACAGCCAUAUGCGAUGCCUCUGAAGCCUGCAUUUCUGCUCUGCUCGGCAUUGAGUUGGACCCCAUUCCCUACGAGGUGCUUCAGCAGAAACCAAAUGCCAACGCGGUGCGCUCUAUGGAGAAAGUCAUCGAGGUUCAGAGUAAAUAUUGGCGCUCUCUGCAGCGCUCUGCCUCCACACUCGGUUGCUCGUUGAGCGAAGCGCUGCAGCGCGACGCGGAGGAAGCUGAAACCGUCUCAGCCAUGGCUUCGCUGUCAGUCGCUAACAAGCACAUCGGAAAGAGGGCCGAGGAUGAGCCGAUGGAGGAGGAAGCUCCCAUGUAAAAGAAACAAACAGACGCUAAGACCAGCGUCCUCAUCCCGUCAGUCAGUCUGGAUUCCCGGUACAUUCCUUUGUCUCGCCGCCGUCGGACCCGAUCGGACCCCCCUCUAUCUUCUGAGACGACGGUGGCAGCUGACGACCGUGGCGCUCUCGGAGGAAGCGGUCGGCCGAAGAUGGGUUUCCGCCCGUUAGUCGCACACCAGACGGUUAACAUUAAAUGUGUCGGACACCAGAGCCAGUUAUCCCACAGUGGCAGCCUGCAGUGCUCUUACGAAAACACUAAACCUGUACAUUGUGACUGCCGCUCUGAACCGUACCCAGACGUGCUGCAGGCCUCUACUUCUCGUACGUUUUAUUUUAUUCUGUUCAAAGCCACCUGAGCUGUUUGUUGACGUGACUCUGCACUAAAGGAUGGAUUCCCGCCUUUUCAUGGCGUCCAACUGAGAGGGCGAAAGGCGGUGAAUAUCCCGCGUUUUUUCCGAGGUGAAGUUACAGAUGAUCCAAGGAUUCAGACAGUAAAAGUCAGUUUGUGCCUUUUUUUUUUUUUUUUAAUUGGUGAUUUUUCUGUUGCUCCACUUAAAGAGCUUUGCCUUAAAAAUGGAUCUCAAUGGACUUUGGAUCAAGGAAUCUUCUCACCAUCCACGUAGAAGUUUCUUUUCCUGGCAAGACAUGAGCUGCCUGCAUGUUUCCGGCACAUAGACUCGAGGGCGUUGGCAUGUUUACUUGUAUUAUUCUGCUGCCGGUCUACUGUCUGCCCCUCCUUUUGUUACAUUUAGGAAGGUAGUUCUCAGCCAAAAGUGGGAGACGAGUUCAAGACUGACUAAAAGGAGAGGCCAUUUUAUUUAUUUGUGGAUUACUAAAGCUCGGAUCCUCUUUAUUAGGCAAAGCCGGACCCAUUAGGGCAGAAUAUCUAACGCUUGCUGUUUCAGCGAAAGGGUCUGCAGCGAUAAUUCCUACAGCAGAGUUGCGUCACUUUUUAAAAAAGAUUAUUGAGGAGUGUAAUUACUCUCAACUGGGCCAAUUUGUUUUUACCGUCCCACCUGGGAUUCCCCGGAGCUGCUGUAGCUCUCACAGCUGCUUUAAAACAUCUUCAGGCCCUUGGAAGCACAUCUGCUCCCCAAAUGUCAGGUGCUGUGAGGCCGGUGGGCGAACAUCUCCGCCUGUUCAUAUACAGUGAAAUACAAGCUGUUCUUCAUCAAUAUGAAGCAGAGCACACACUAAUUACCGUUGUUCCUUUAUAACCCUACUUAAAUAAUAAUUAGAUCAGCGUUUUUAUUUACUUAGUCCAUUGUUUUAAGGUCUUCUUCCAGCACUGCCGUUUUGGUACAGCAAACUAAACAUUAAUUCACGGUUUUAGGGGCCCCAGAAUGUUCUUAACAGUAAGAGGCUACAGAUUUUGCACCAUUAUGAAACCCAACACCACUUUAAGGUCGAAAUGCUGUUUUCAUUAGUUCUGUUGGUUGCAAUCUGCAGGUUCGCCACUAGAUGGCGGUAAAAUACACUGGUAAAUAAUACAAAUCUAAGGAUUAUGUUUAGCUUGAGCAUUAUGAAUAUGGGAAAAGGUUUAAAUGAUUAGACUUUACACACCUUUUAAUUUCAAAAGCCAUGCUUGGUGUAACUUUUCAGUAUCAAAUUUUAAUCAUCCAGCUAACUUUUUUUGUUGGUCCAACUUCUGGGAAAACUACCUUCUGACCUUUUUUUUCCCUAAUUAACUAAUCUGUGGUUGUUUUCUGGGCAUAAAACACUGAUCUGUGUAGGAUUCUUGCCACAAACGUCAACAAUUUCAUUGAUUUUGUUGCUCUUCGGUGACCUUAUAAGACUUUUUCGUGCACAUGAGUCAAACUUUUUCUCUGUUACUUUGUAAAGCUGACUUGCUUCACAACAAGUUUGGGUUCAAACUCUUUUGUAGUAGACGACGUUAUAUGGAAACAUUGGUGGGUUCAUUGAUUGUUACUAUUUUUAUUUCGGGUGGGGUGGGCAGAAAUGUUUGGACGCAAAUGUUUCUACUUUGUAAAAUGAUGGAUAUUUACUGUAUGUUCAUAGUAGAUUUAUAUAUAAAAGAAAGUAUAUUAUAUAUCUAUACAUACUGAACACUUUGAUCUUUAGAAAACAACACUGGUGGUUUCUAAUCAGUCGUAUGUGUUGUCGGCUCUUUUUAACGCCUUUACUGGCUGUCUUUGGUCACUGUUUAAUGUUUAUAGCACCGUUUUACUCGUCUUUCACAAGUGGUGGUUUAUCACUUUUAUUUAUCAGAUGGGUACCACAAACACUGUUACAGUUUGCCUCACAUAUUCAUGCACAUACCUGUACCAUUCUAUGUUUUUGAUGCUGUACGGUUCGCUGUAAUUGUAGGACAGCACGGAUCCGUGUGAGGGCAUUUCAGUUUAACGUUUUGUACUUAUCACUUAGAAAUUAGAGGUUUGUUUCUCCCAUAUUCUCCUUUUUUUCGGUUUUUAUUUAAGCAUCGGUCCUUAGAGAGGUGUGAGCAGUCAGUCUUACCCACAUAACGUACUGAAAUGAUCAGACUUUUAUGUAAAUAACCAUGUAAUGCAGAGCCGAAGAGAAUGUUUGUUUAUCAAAUACAGUCAAUCUAAAACGUUUAAAAUACCAGGUCUUGUGAGAAGAAAAUAAGUCAUUUCAAAACCUUUUACAACUUCAAUAUGAUGUACAUUUUCUAAAAUUCAUCUGAAAAGCAGUUGUGUUGGAUGGGGGGGAUUAUAUAAUGUGA